AUGUUCUCAUCGUGGAAACUUUGUUGUUCACGAGUACCGCAGCGAUGGGUGUUCGCGAUCAUGGGAUGUCUGGCACUUGCGAACUCGUUCUGUAUGCGCAUUAGCCUGAGCAUAGGAAUCACUGAGAUGGCAAAACCGGCCGCAAAGUCCAACAUUACAAGCCGAGACGAAACGUGCCCGGCACUAAGCUCAAGUUCCUCGACUUCUAGUCUAAGCAGUAACACCUACGACUGGGAUGAAUACACGCAGGGUAUCAUCCUUUCAAGUUUCUUCUGGGGUAGCACCCUCACUCCAAUACCGGGAGGUAUACUGGCCGAUAAGUUUGGCGGAAAGUACGUCUUGGGUAUCGGCAUUUUGUCCCAGGCGAUAUUCACAAUGCUUACACCAUUGGUGGUCGAAGCGUUCGACGCAACGGGGCUGAUAGUUCUCCGAAUUCUGAUAGGUUUUGGCGCAGGAACGACAUUCCCAGCACUGUUCGCACUCACAGCCCAAUGGGCGCCGCCGGAAGAGAGGUCCAAGAUCAGCACGGUUGUGACGUCAGGAAUGCAGGCUGGAACGUUGCUGGGAACAUCGAUCUCCGGAGUCCUGAUUCAAAAUUCCUCCAUGGGGUGGCCAGUGAUCUUCUACUUCUUCGGCACCCUCGGUGUGGUUUGGUUCCUGGCCUGGAUUCUGCUCUGCUCCAACCACCCUGACUCGCAUCCGUUCAUAUCCGACCAGGAGAAGAAGUACCUGCACGACGCUAUGGUCGAGCACACACAGAAAGAAACUGGGCCGACGCCGUGGCGGCAGAUCCUGACCUCAGUACCAAUGUGGGCUUUAAUUGUAGUCAACAUCAGCGAGGGUUUCGGGUUCAACAUGAUAUCAACGGACCUUCCGAAGUACAUGAGCAGCGUCCUCAAGUUCUCGAUACAGGCGAACGGCGUUCUGUCGGCUCUUCCCAUGCUCGCGAUGUGGCUCAGCGCCCUCGUCGCGUCCUGGUUUGCCGACUGGCUGAUAGCUGCGGGCAAGAUGUCAAGGACGAGGUUGGGCAAAGUAUUUACAACCGUUGGUAUAGUCGGACCAGCGGUUUUCCUCGUCACCGCGUCCUACGCCGGGUGCGAUCGCACCCUCGUCGUCACCCUGUUCACCGCCUCAGUAGGUAUGAUGGGAAUCGCGUUCCCCGGUGCGGGGGUGAACACCUUGGAUCUGAGUCCCAACUACUCUGGUUCUCUGACAGCUAUAACGAAGUUCGCUUCGGCUCUCGCCGGCAUUGCAGCACCCUACGUGGUCGGCGUAAUCACCCCGAAUCAGACGCUUGAAGAGUGGAGAAUUGUAUUUUGGAUCACGUGUAUCCUACUUUUGGUGUCAAAUUCAAUAUACGUUAUCUGGAUGGACGGUGAAGUCCAGUAUUGGAAUGACCCUAACUUCGGAAACCGUAAAAUAAUGAAUUUUGAGAAUGAGAAACAAGUCGCUAAAGACCAACCGUCGUCCAAGCAACGGUUCCGAUAUUUAUAA